GGCCUCUACCGUGGUGUGGCUCCAUCGCUCUAUGGAAUCUUUCCAUAUGCUGGUUUGAAAUUUUAUUUCUACGAGGAAAUGAAAAGCCAUGUCCCCGAUGGCCACAAGAAGGAUAUCGCAGUGAAACUUGCAUGUGGAUCCAUAGCAGGUUUGCUGGGUCAGACUUUCACGUACCCUCUUGAUGUUGUUAGGCGGCAAAUGCAGGUCCAGCGACUCUCAGCAUCUAACAGUGGGGACAUGAAAGGAACAAUGGAAACUCUUGUUAUGAUUGUCCAACAGCAAGGAUGGAAGCAAUUAUUUUCAGGGCUGACCAUCAACUAUUUGAAGGUUGUACCAUCAGUUGCAAUUGGGUUUACUGUUUAUGAUGCUAUGAAAUCAUUCCUCGGAGUCCCAACCCGAGAAGAGGCUGAUAUAGAAGUUGUGACCAACCGAAAAAAUAGCCAACCAUCAUCCCUGCAAUCUUAGAAACAAUUCACCUUUUCAAACUCAGUAAGUCAUUUCUAACAAUGAUAAUGAUCUUUGCAUUGCCUUCUUGAUUUGUUGAAGGCUGGCUCCUAUUUGAGGCCAUUUAAAUUUGUACAUUCCAUUCUUUUGCGCUAUACCAUAGGACAUAGGUAGAUUUGAUAUUUUUCUCGAAUAAAUCCCUUAAGGUACCAAAGGUCACUGAUUCGACGCCCUUUGAUGGUUAUGUGAUUGGAUCCACACACAUUGUACAUAAAUAUAGUGU